UCAGACAACCGACGACACCAUCAACGCGGUGAACGCCGGUUCGUUGAUGCCCCGAGGAUGAUUUUCAUUCAAGACUUCUCUCAGUAACACCGAAACGACUUAACGUGGCAAUUUCGCUAGUUGAUACGCGCGAUAAAGUGAGUCUUCAUACGCACGUUGAACUAAGGUUUUGUUUUCUUAAGUAUCGAAAAAAAGAGAACGAAUAAGGCGAGCGAGAAAUGUCAGGAAUCUUGUUGAUCUCGUGAUGAAUUGCCAAAGUGGCUCUGAUCUCAUUUCUUCGGUCGCACCCUCGUUCUUCGCAACACCUGUCACGAAUAUUAUUCAAACAUGGAAGAAAAUAUCAGCUGCAUGGAGGAAGAAUGCCUGAUUGAAAAGAGGAGAGCCAUUAUCUUAAAGGAGUGUAAGGAAAUAUUACAGGAAGAAGGAUCUGGACGCUAUAGCAAGGAAGCCUUUAGAAGACUCUUUCAAGGUCAGGUACUUCUUAAGAAAUUAUUUAUACUAUUUGAUCAAGAUCGUGAUGAAUUACUAAAGCAGGAGGAAUGGAUAGAAUUUCUCAAAGGAAGGCUGACAAACGAGAAGCAAAAUGAUUUUGUCGAUCAAAUCGAAAGUGUAGCAUAUGUAUUAUGCGGGGAGAAUCCAGUAAACUUCCUCAAUUUUCAACAGAUUUUUUAUACCAAAGGGAUCGUGGAUAAACUGUUCCGUUUAAUCGAUCAAGAGAACUCAGGAUACGUAAUGUCAGCCCAAAUCAUGGAGUUUAUAUCUGGCGUGAGUAAUACCAGACCACGUGCUGGUUUCGAUAAAGGAAAUCUCGAAUGGCUCGAAAAAAUAUUUAAACAGACUGUUGGGAAUGAGAGGGAAAUACGGCGCGAAGAAUUUAACACAAUUGUUACUUCGAAGAACCCAUUCUUCACCGACAGAGUCUUUCAAAUAUUUGACAAGGACAAUUCUGGUACGAUAUCGCUUCAAGAAUUUGUGGAUGCUAUGCAUCAAUUCGCUGGAAAGUCUCCGGACGAUAAAAUUAGAUUCCUUUUCAAAGUUUACGAUAUCGAUGGCGAUGGAUUGAUACAACUUCGCGAGCUGGAACAUGUGAUGAGAGCAUGUAUGGAAGAAAAUGGAAUGAAAUUCAGCGACGAACAAAUCGAAGAUCUAACAAUCGCUCUCUUCGAAGAUGCUGAUCAGGAUAACAGAGGAGCGAUCACUUUUGAAGCUCUAAAAAGGCAAUUAGAGAAACAUGAUGGUCUGCUGGAAAAUCUCUCUAUCAGCAUAGAUCGAUGGUUAGUACCACCACAACCGAAAGCAAAAGAAAAAUCCGUUUUGGGAAUAUUUUCGUCUCUUCGCCCAUAUCAAUUCACAAAGCCAUAUAUGAAGAACAAUUAUGUCUACAUCGCUUUUAUUUCAAUAUUCGCCUUCAUCAACGUGGCUUUGUUCGUCUCUCGUCUCUAUGAAUACCGAAAUUAUAACGGCUAUGUGAUGAUCGCGCGUGCAUGUGGACAAUGUCUGAACUUUGACUGCACAUUUAUCCUAAUUUUGAUGCUGCGCCAAUGCAUUACAUUCCUGCGAACACAUGGUUUUAACUCUAUAGUGCCUCUAGAUCAUCACAUAUAUCUCCAUAAAGUGACAGGAAUAUCGAUUGGAAUUUUUAGCAUUAUACAUACUUUGAUGCAUCUUAUUUACUGCGGUACGGUGAUCAUAAAAGACGAGAAAAUGAAUAGCGAUAAUUAUACAAUGUUCGAAUGGUUAUUGACGAGUCGGCCUGGAUAUUUUGGUUUGGUGGCAGGCAGUGCGUAUCCAACUGGAGUAGUUCUGCUUAUUAUACUUGUCAUUAUGACAGUGUGUUCCAUGGCAUUUGUACGGCGUGGAGGUUGUUUUGAGAUAUUUUAUUGGUCUCAUCUGCUGUACAUACCGUUCUGGAUUUUAUUGAUCUUUCAUUGCCCAAAUUUUUGGAAAUGGUUCGUUGUCCCGGGCGUGAUAUACUUGGUAGAAAAAAUUCGUCGAUUGAUGUGGUUACGUUCGCAGCGUGGCAAAACAUACAUAAGUUCCGGUCUCUUGUUACCUUCGAAGGUGACUCACUUGGUCAUCAAGAGACCACUUCAUUUCCACUUUCACCCCGGUGAUUAUGUAUUCGUUAAUAUCCCGGUGAUAGCAAGAUAUGAGUGGCAUCCUUUUACCAUUAGCAGUGCUCCGGAACAGGAAGAUUACAUGUGGUUACACAUUCGUGCAGUCGGUGAAUGGACCAACAGUCUGUAUUCAUACUUUGAAAAAGAGCAAAUAAAGUUGCAUCGCGGCGAUAUCUUACUUGUCGAAAACUGCGAUAAUACAAAUACUCCUCGGAAGAAAUCCUCAUUCCUUGGUGGCAAGAAACCACUUAUUACAAGACAGAAACCUUCAACAGAGUCGGUAGCUCAUGCUCAUGGUCUUGAUAAUCCUACGUUUGUAUCCGCUGAUGUGACGAACACCAUAUUACAUACACCUAUUAGUAACCAAUCUACAUAUUUAAAAACUCCAGAAAAUACGUUGGAAUUAAAUAAGGGGUGGAUGGAUAUGUCUGCGAGAAGAGAUAGAAGACUCCAUCGAUUACUUCUUGAUAGCAAAAUGCCGCUUGAAAAAUCACAUUCGAUGCCAGAUAUGCAGACAAAGAAUAAGAAAAAAGAACGACUGAGGGCACUUCGUGAUUACAUGAGAUCAGAAUCAGAGAGAAGUUUUGAUGAGUGCCAGAUGAAACGUGCACGGUUGAAAUCAUUGGGCUUAGCUUAUUUGAGUCCGCAGAAUAAAUCAUUAGCUCAAAGCUUCCGGUAUAUGCGGACGAAACCAACUAUCAUCGCUUUCAAAACACCUAGUCUCGAAACGUGUGAUUACGAACUCGAUAUAUCUUCGAAUGUUGCGUCAAAUGCGAAUGCGAAUGGAAAUGAAAUGCUUACCACACCUAUAAUGGCUAUGGAGAUUGCGGCAGAAGAAGGAAGAUUGAGGAAAGCUUUUAAUGAAGUUGUAGAUAGUUCAGAGAGUUUAGAUUUGAAAUCCGAAAGUUCUUCUCACACGCCCAUAAAUUAUCCCGUUGGAAAACCAUUGGAGAUCUUUUUGGAUGGUCCUUAUGGGGCACCGUCGAGCCACAUAUUUCGUGCGCAACAUGCUAUUUUAAUUGGCACAGGAAUUGGAGUUACACCUUUCGCCUCUAUAUUACAAUCAAUUAUGCAUCGAUACUGGAAAGCGAGACACACUUGUCCAAAAUGCUCGUUUUCCUGGGCCAGUGAAAUUCCGCCUACUGUAAUGAAUUUACGAAAAGUGGACUUCUUUUGGAUUAAUCGCGAUCAACGUUCGUUUGAAUGGUUCGUUAACUUGUUGUCACAACUCGAAAUGGAACAGGCCGAGUUAGGGAUCACCAUGGAACGUUUUUUGGAGAUGCAUAUGUACAUCACAAGCGCAUUGCAAAAGAAUGAUAUGAAAGCGGUCGGUUUGCAGUUAGCGAUGGAUCUUCUGCACGAAAAGGAGAAACGAGAUCUUAUCACAGGUUUGAAAACCAGAACAAACGCAGGUCGUCCCAAUUGGGAUAAGGUUUUCAAGCAAUUACAAGAUAAAAAGAAAGGAAAAAUUACUGUUUUUUAUUGCGGGCCGCCGCAGCUCGCUAGAAUUCUUCGAUACAAAUGCGAUCAGUUUGGAUUUUGCUUUAGAAAGGAAUCUUUCUGA